CCGUACUUCUUCCACCAGUUCUUCUACACCCUCCUUCCUUGAACCUGUACUCGACAAGUGCUUACGACACUCUUUCCCAUAUUCUCUCCUUGUUCCUGUCCUGUCUGACCCAUUGUACUUCGAUUUCCUUCCCGGUACACUCUAUAGUUCUUCGCCUCAUCAAUACUACUAGUACUCCUCCUCUCGCUCGUCAUCCUCGAAUAUCACACCUCUACCACAUUCACUUCUCUCCCAAACGAUCAUUCACUCGUCUCCAUACCCACACUCUCUUCUCUUUCGCUGGACGAAGACACCCGUUCAACCUACAUCCGUACAAAGUAACACAACAGAAGCGAAACCAAACAAGCUACCUCCCAGUCUUUAGCACGCAGCACCCCACGGUUCUCCUGUUCGCACUCGACAAAAUGUCUCAACGUCAGACACCCUCAGUCUUUGUCGCACUUCUCCUCACCGCCCUCCCCUCAACGGCACUAGCAAUGCCAGUAUCUCAUCUGUACAAGCGUAGCAUGAGCACCGGGGCCAAAGCCGGUCUCGGUGUCGGCAUCGCAGUUGCAGCAGUCCUCGUUGUCCUCAUGAUCACCUUCUUCGCCAUCCACCUCCGCCGUUCUCGUCACUUGGCCAGAAUCAAUCAAGAGCGGGCUGUUCUCGCUGGGGAAAAGAAUACGGACGGAUCAGACAAACCGGACAAGUUCGCCCCCGAGCCGCCAAAGGCAGGCGGCAUUCCCAAACGAAACAAGUCGGUCAAGGACCGCCUCAUGGGCCCCAUGUACCGAGGCAGCACGAUCGAUCUUAUGCCUGUCCCUAGAGCGCACAUGAACGGUGAGAACCGACAGAGCACCUUGACCUUGGGGGAUUCAGACUCAUUCAUCAACAAGCCUUGGGCCAAGGGUGACAGCUCGCCCAGACCGAGUUUCAGCAGCAAGCGGGCGACAAGAAUGAUGAUGAUGAUGUGAGCAGACUGAGUUUCUGUGUCCACGUCGUUGGCAAAUCAUUGUGUGUUUUAGUCGAGUAUAUUCUUGCAAAAUUAUACUAUACCCUAUGUGAAUCCCUCGGGUGUUACUCUUCUCAUUCUAGCUCGUUGCAAGGAUUGAGAGGACACAGUUGAGGAGGAAGCUUUACUUUGAUUGUGUUAGGCGCAGGCAGGUGCUUGGGCGUUUUUUUUUAAUUUGUGUGUUGGAAAAGAAAAAUAGGGGGAAGCCUGGACAGCAAUGGUUCACGCCGUCCCCCGACAGAUAUUCAUCAGGUUGGUAGGACAUGCUACUUGGUCGUUCGCCCGUUGUGAAGGGCAAAAGAACCACUGGAACUGGCCAUGGCUGCAACAAUGGUUCAUUCCUGGGAUCCAAAUAUGUUGGAACAUUGUAUUCGGUAUGGACAUGGGAAGGUCUCGCGGCAAAGGCGCGUGUGUUGCAAAGAUGCGAUCUAUCUAGAGAGGUAUGGGAGGUGACUAUAUCUGGUACCCCAAGGUAACGAUCAACAAGCAAUUGGAACUUGACGGCUGAAAGGGAUUUUGUUUUGUUAUGUUAUCAUUACACCUCACUGGGGAAGGUCAACAGGUCAUUGUACUAUGCGUCUUGUGUUUUCACAAUCUACCAAAAUGAAACAACAUUGAACUCUUGA